CUCAGUUGUCUCCAUCACUUAGCCAAAGCACAUACACUACUGGUGGCUCCCUAGACGUUCCUCACAUUAUCAUGCAGGGUGAUGCAAGAAGAAGAAGAAAUGAAAACUAUUUUGAUGAUAUUCCCCGGUCAAAGUUGGAAAGGCAGAUGGCACAGCAGUCGUCUGUCUGUGAGAUAUGGACCAACCAGAAUGCAGGAUAUCCUUUCUCAUCGAUCCAUCAGGUUCAUAAUACAGGAGACUGGGGAGAGCCCUCAAUUACCUUACGACCUCCUAAUGAAGCCACAGCAUCGACACCAGUACAGUACUGGCAACAUCACCCAGAGAAACUCAUCUUCCAGUCAUGUGAUUAUAAAGCAUUUUAUUUAGGUUCUAUGCUGGUAAAAGAGUUAAGAGGCACAGAAUCAACACAGGAUGCCUGUGCAAAGAUGAGGAAGUCUACAGAGCAAAUGAAGAAAGUACCUACUAUUGUUCUAUCAGUCUCUUACAAGGGAGUCAAAUUUAUUGAUGCAACGAAUAAGAAUAUUAUUGCUGAACAUGAAAUCCGCAACAUUUCUUGUGCUGCACAAGAUCCUGAAGACCUCUCAACAUUUGCCUACAUCACUAAAGACUUGAAGACUAACCACCACUACUGCCAUGUAUUCACUGCAUUUGACGUGAAUUUAGCCUAUGAAAUAAUUCUUACACUAGGACAAGCAUUUGAGGUUGCCUAUCAGCUUGCUCUACAAGCACGCAAAGGAGGCCAUUCUUCAACCCUUCCAGAAAGCUUUGAAAACAAACCCACCAAACCAAUUCCAAAACCACGGGUUAGCAUUCGAAAGUCUGUGCAGAUAGAUCCAUCUGAACAAAAGACUCUUGCCAAUCUACCAUGGAUUGUAGAACCUGGACAAGAAGCCAAAAGAGGCAUUAAUACCAAGUAUGAAACUACAAUUUUCUGAUACAAAACUGUCCUCUGUUCCUUGUUGUGCCUUGCACUCCAAGCAGUCACAGCACAGCCUUUCCUUUACGGCAACGUUUCAGUCCAGCAGAGAGGAAGACUGCACUGUAAGAGUGGCCUUGUAACUAACGAAAAAAAAAAAGGCUGAUAGUCAUUUCUGGUGAUGUUCUUCCUGCAGCACUGACAGAAGAAUGACACUAUUUGAAGACUUUUACAUUACAGUCCACAAGAGGAGAGAGAAAAAUACUAUUUUUCAUGCAGUUCUCUCUUGUGACUUUGCCACAGUGCUUUCUUUGAUUUCUUAUUUUAGGAUUCUACUUUUUAAAGAGGUCUCUAAACUAACAUUAAUGCUGCCAAUGAG